AUGCAGUUCACCACCGCCCUCCUUGCCCUCGCUGCUACUGCAGUUGCCCUCCCCAACGUUGGCCCCAGCCCCCACAAGGGUAGCGCUGUUGGUGCUCAGAAUGCUUUCUGGCCUGUUACCGACGGUGUUACCGUCGAGCAGGCCAAGGCUGCCUGUGGUAACGACAACCAAAUUGCUUGCUGUGAUGACACCACCUUCACUGGUGACCAGGUCGAGGUUGAGUCCGGCCCUCUCGCUGGUGCCCUCAAGGACCUCCUCGGAGGCAAGAAUGGUGCCAAGGGUCUCGGUCUCUUCGACAAGUGCUCCAAGCUCAACAUUGAUGUUAUUGGCAUUUCCGACCUCAUCAACAGCCAGUGCAAGCAGAACAUUGCUUGCUGCCAGGGUGACUCUGCCGACUCCUCUGGCGACCUCAUCGGACUCAACGUCCCUUGUGUCGCGCUUGGCUCUCUUCUGUAA